CAGGUUGUUCACUAAUUUCUAAAAACUUAUGCUCCAGGUAUAUUUGUGUUUUCAUGCAUUCUGUGAAAAAAGGAACUUUGUGAUGCAAUAUUCCAAAUUCAGCUUGGAAGAAUCUUCACUAUUGCUUUGAGAUAUUCUCAGCAUCUUAUUUAUUUUCCCAGUCAUUAGUUUUGUUUGUUUAAGGCAUGAUAUCUUGGUAUCCUUAGAUGAAAGCUUAUCUGACAAUCAUGUUGGAAUCUCUUUCAAAUAGGGUAUUUUUGUUGGGUGUGUCAUAAUUCACAUUCAGGAUCGUGACAAAGAGAGGACUUUUUAUAGCAGAAUUCAAGAUGUAGUGCAACAUUGAUGAAAUUGCUGCUUAUUUCAGAAAUGAUACCUGCUAGCUGAUCUUGAAUGUUGGUAGGGUCCUUUCUGGUGACAUGUCCUGUGGUGUUUACUUUAACUCUAUAACCAAAUUUACAAAAUGAUAGAAGACCAUUCCUUCUUAGUGGUCUUGGUACAAGCUUGAGGUUAGUAUCUGACCGUGCAAUGAGGUUAUCAUUUGAGAUGCACAUUUUGUACCAUCUACAAAAAAUUUGCUCCCUUCACAGAUUAUUUCUCUUAUGGAAGAGUGGAGUCCCAGAGAAAACCGGGGAUGUAGUCAGAGCAGUGUCUGAUGUUGUGAUCGAUUCCCCAUACAAGAUUUUUGUUGGUGGAAUUUCAGAUAUUCUGUCUUCCAAGAUGCUUAUGGAAAUUGCCAAUGCUUUUGGGCCAUUGAAGGCUUAUCGCUUUGACUUCAGUAAGGAGCUCAAUGGUCCUUGUGCCUUUUUAGAGUAUGAAGAUCAUUCAAUUACUUCGAAGGCAUGUGCUGGUCUUAAUGGAUUGAUGCUGGGUGGCUUCAUUCUUACUGCAGUCAGAGCUUUUCCUGAUAUCAAUGAGGAUAAUGCAAGACCUCCAUCUUACGCUGUUCCUCCCCAUGUAAAACCACUUCUCGCUAACGUUACACAAGUCCUUGGGCUUCAUAAUUUGAUCAAUCAGGAGGAUUUCCAUACUUUGUCUGAAAAUGAAUUGGAGGAAACACUGGAAGAUGUCCGGUUGGAGUGUGCAAGGUUUGGAACCGUAAAAGCUGUGCACUUAGUGAGACAUAGCAGCAGUAGCAAUGAGCAGAAGUCGGUAGCUUCUGAACUUUCCGAUUCUGUCAAUGCUUCGGCGUUGUUAGAAUCAAAUGUCAGCUUUCAUAGUGGAAGUAAAGAGAAGGCCAAUGAGAUGCAUCUCGACAAGAUUACAGAAGCCUCGACUCCAAUAUAUGUUGAAGAGCCUGAGAAUGUCAAAGAUGAAGAUGGGCUAAUUAAGGAAGAUGAGAUGAAAGAAUCAGCAGGACCUUCUGAGGAUUUGCAAGACAUUGACGAGGGUACAAAUGAUCAAAUUGAAGAUGGCCGUAUUGAAGAGAAUGCUUUAAUUUCCAAAUUCCCUGCACCUAAAGAGAUGCCUGAUGCCAAAUUGGCUGAAGAGACAAAAUUAGAUCCUAUUGCUGCAGAUAAAGAAGAGAACAAAGGAAAUGAAAACCGGAAGUUUGUUGCAGAAAGAGAUUUGGAAAGUUUACAACAGCAGGCUAAUCUUUCUGAGACAUUUGAGCCAGGUUUGAUUCUUGUGGAGUUUCAGAGGAAAGAAGCAGCUUGUAAUGCAGCUCACUGUUUGCAUGGCCGAUCGUACGACGAACGGAAGGUUGCAAUUGAAUAUAUCCCUCAUGAUGUUUACUUCAAUAGAUUCGCCAAAUAAGCUUUUGCCAGAAAAAAAAUCAUUAGAUGAACUGUAAGAUUGUACUGCGACUGCAUUGAUUAUUGACAUUUGUUAAAAUGAGAUGCAUUGCUUAGUGGAACAUUAUAAUAGAUUUUAUUUUUAAAGAAUA